GCAGCUCUCACACUGCCGUCUGUCCUCUCUCUCUCCUCUCGUCUUCCCUCUUUCUCUCUCUCCUUCUCUUCCUCCCUCUUCCAGUCCGCCGAGCUGGAGUUGGUAGCCGGAGCCGCGGUACAGGACGGAGUACGGAGUGCAUAGUGGGACGGAGGCUGCCACGGCAGGGAUUAACCUCAGGGAGGGGGUGGGGGGGUUACAUCUCUGGGGAGAAGCUUCUUUUCUCCUGCAUCAGCAGGGAGACACUGGGAAAAGAGAAAGAACUAGUGUGCGCUCCUCCUCACAAAGAGAGGUGCUCCCUUCGUGCUUCAUCCCACCAGGUUUACUUAUUCCUUCUCAACGACAAGGGGAUUCGGCAGGGGGGACUAUCAAAACUGGGUCUGGGGAUUCAGUAAGGCUGGCACUUUCUCUACUGCCAGAUACUGACAUGUGUUUGGGGGCUGAUGUCUUGAUGCUUUGAUGAGGUAACGGCGGACUCCGGAAGCCCAGCCCUUGCGUUGAGCAACCCCUUCCCUCUCCCCUCCUCCCUACCCCUUUCCAGCCAGCCAAGCCAUGGGCCAGAAAAUCUCAGGGAGUAUCAAGUCCGUAGAUGUGCGAGGGGAGCCGUCCUUCAGGCCCCUGAGGAGGGAACUGAGAGGGCCAGAUUUCUUCAAGCCAGCCCGACUGGAUCUACUCCUGGACAUGCCUCCUGCUUCAUAUGAGCAACAGCUUCGGCAUGCCUGGAACUCGGACGACCGCUCCCUUAACAUCUUCAUUAAGGACGAUGACAAACUUACCUUCCAUCGGCACCCAGUUGCCCAAAGUACCGAUGGCAUUCGUGGACGGGUGGGAUACACACGAGGACUCCAUGUUUGGAGGAUCCAUUGGCCUGCUAGGCAAAGGGGCACGCAUGCUGUGGUGGGUGUGGCCACAGGAGAUGCCCCAUUGCACUCUGUAGGGUACACCUCUUUAGUGGGCAGCGAUAGUGAGUCCUGGGGCUGGGACCUGGGACGUAACAAGCUCUACCACAACAGUAAGAACCGGCCGGCCUCUUCUGCACCCACAUAUCCAAGCUUCCUGGAGCCAGAGGAGGCUUUUGUGCUACCAGAUACACUGAUGGUGGUGCUGGACAUGGACGAGGGCACACUGAGCUUCAUGGUGGACGGACAGUACCUUGGAGUGGCCUUCAGAGGUCUUAAGGGCAAAAAGCUGUACCCCAUUGUCAGUGCGGUAUGGGGGCACUGUGAGAUCACCAUGCGAUACAUCAACGGCCUAGAUCCGGAGCCUCUCCCUCUGAUGGACCUGUGUCGACGUGCGGCGCGACUGGCUCUGGGACGAGAGCGUCUACAGGAGAUCGAGACAUUACCUUUGCCCCAGUCUCUCAAGAAUUACCUCCAGUACCAGUGAGAGCGCAGACUCUCAUGUAGAGACGCAGAGACAAAGAGAGGAAACCUGAGGUGCUACUAUAGCGCCACCGUCAGGCCGCAGAGGGAAAAUGUUUACAUUGUGGCUCACUGGUGGAAUCUUAAGUUCGUUUUUUCCUUAGUUUGUUUUUUGUUUUCCUCUUUAUGAGUUGUUUAAAUUAUUGAUGGCUUUGAAAGAAGCUGGAAAGAUGCAGAGCAAAAGCGGCGGCUGCUCAGCAGACCUGCAGCGCCUCCCGGUGUAUGUCUCGCCCCUGGAGAAUACGACAGGAUAGUGGCAUUUCAGAAAGCACAUUAACCUUGGGAUGCCUUUGAAAGCCCACAGUAGUAAUCUUUUCGAAAGACCGUGGCGGUCUCUAGAGUUAAAAACCAUCACAUGGGAUCCUCAGCGAAUGAAACAAAGCCCUUGAGGGUGCUAGGAUUUUCACACAGGACCACCUAGAGAAGGUAACAUGACUGACAGGAGCCAUUUUCCCCUUUUAUCUGGGAUGGAGUCUAUAACCAAGGACACACACAUACGCACGCACGCAUACGACCAACAAUAAAUCACCGAAUUCACUUCUUUUUUUUUUUCUUUGUGAGCUUGAGUCACUUUUCUAUCUGAGUUUAUUGUCAGCGUGAGAUUGAUUGAUGAUGAUGACAAUGUUUGGCUAUCUUUUUAAUUUUAUUUAUCAGGUUCUAGAUCCUUUUUAAUGAACUGAGGAUGUGCAAACGAGCACAUAGAUAUUGAACACUAUCCUACACUCGUCACAUAUGGCUUUCGAUUUUAAACUGGGAUGCUGCUUUUAUUAUUAUUAUUAAUAAUAUUAUUAUUAUGAUUAUUAUUCUGUCUGAAUGCUCAGAUGGAAGUCUGGUUUUUCCAAGGCACACAGUGGAAUGUAAAGAUCUUGCUAGCGUUAGCAUAUUUGAAAUGUGAAUAAAAGCCAAGUGAAUGAGAAAGC